AUGGGAACCAAGUAUUAUUAUCCAUUAUUUGAUUCGUCAUUCACCUCAUAUAUUUCCAAUGACAGUAUUUUCGAUUCAAUUAAUCCCAAUUCUUUGGAUCAGUCGAAUCAUUUAGCUGUUUCGAUCGCGAUUUGGAUUAUCUUAUUAAUAACCAUUUUGUUUGGAACUACAGGAAAUAUUCUCGUUCUCUAUGUUUAUAUCAGUCGUAAAGACAAUAAAACAUGUACAUUUUUCAUCACAAUGCUCGCAGGUGUUGAUCUGAUCAUCUGUUUAAUAUUGGCCCCGUUGGAGUUGUACCAAGUAACAACAGGAAUUCAAAAUGAAUUUCUAUGUAAAUUCUAUGGAUUCUUAUCUACACAUGUUUUGUAUUCAACUUUUCUCAUCACUGUUAUUGCAUUUGAUCGAUAUUUUUGCAUCUGUUGGCCAUUGUAUAAAAUCAUCACUGUACGUCGAGCGCAUGCCGUUGUUAUUAUUUGUGGAAUCGUGUCGUCAUUAUUAGCUAUUAUGCCCAUGAGUGAAUUUUCCACCGUGGAUCAUGCGCUACAAGUACUUGGCAAUCAUAGUGAACAAUUGUUAUCGAAACCUCUAGAUGCGAAUGAUUUCACCUACAAACACGUGGAUCAUAUUAAAACAGCAUCGAUUUCGUCGUAUAUAUUAGGCAAUGAAACCAGCGUUGUCUGUAGUCCAAGAUUCAGUUUACGCCUGAAAUUACCCAUAUUUAUUGACAUUUAUCGGAAAUUUCACAGUUCUCUAUUUGCUAUUUGUAUGUUACUUGUAAUUAUUCUCUAUGCAUUUAUUUACAAUGCUGUCUAUCAGCGACGUAUAACACGAACGAGGAAGUUCUCAGCUUAUCGACGUAUCAUACGUUCAUAUUUAAUUCACAACGAGCCUGAACUGUCUGAAUCAGAACCAUCAAAAAUGCACCAUCAUCAUCAUCAUCAUCAUCGUCAUCGUCGUCGUUCCCGUCGUUAUCAUAGAGAGCAACCUUCCACAUUGACACUUUUAUGCUGUUACUGUUGUAAAAUUAAUGAUGAUUAUAUGCAUGAUUUACAACGAACAUCCGAAGGUACAUUGAAUGUUCCAUUAAGUGAGCGAAAUCGACAAUCGUAUCGUCGACAUAACCAUGAUGAACCAUCGUGUAUUGAUAUGAAUCCAAAUCGAAAUCGACCGAAGAUUGUUUUAGAAGUCAACGGUGCUCGUGGAAAACGUUACUCAGCGAUAUCGAUGACCUCAAUGACUUAUUUAACGAGUGGAGUUUGGGAUGAUUCUUCGCCAACAAGUCUAAUACGCUCGAGAAUUAAUUCAAUAGCGGCAACGACGUAUUGCGGUACGGAAAAUUCAUCGACUAGUCGACCGUCGACAUCCACCGAAGAUUCGUUUGAGCAGACAUCUAGAUUAUUGACAUUAAACAAUACAUUGUUACAAUUACGUCCAAUGUCAUCAACUACUGCAGCUGCCAAUCCAACACAUUUAACUGUUCCUGGUCUUCAGAUGACGACAGGAACCACAUUAUCACCACCUUGUUCAUCCUCUUCUACAGGCGACGCCGUACCAAAAGAAAAUUCAUUGACUGAAAAUGAAUUACCUCGAAGUGUAUCUCAAUGUGCAAAUCUGCUACAUCCAUCGUAUAUACGCAAAUCAAGUAACACAUUAUCUACUCGCGCACAAGCCCGGCCAUCGGAUGCGUCCGUUCCUCAACGGAAAGUUUCAUUCCUGACAUCCUCUGGAACUACUGCUGAUCGAUGUAUUAAUGAAGAUACGUCAAGUACCUGUCCACGGGCAAGCCUUGCUCCAUCAAAUUUUCCCGUAGCUGCAAACCAGCCUCAAACCAAUCCAGCACAGCGUCAUUUAGCCGUUCAAAUGAAUAAUACUCCGCGUUCUUUAUCGACGGUCUCAGCGAUUGAUCCUUCAAAUCCGUCGGAUCGAGCUUUGUCCAUCUCAUCUACGCGUCGUCCUUCGACAUUCGACUGCGAAACACAACGAACACUCGAACGGCAACAAACACAAGAACGGUUAGCAAACAUCAGAACAACAUUUACAUUGUUUAUUGUUACAUCUACCUUCAUCCUAAUGUAUUUACCAUCCAUCAUUCACAUUUUGUUCGACAUUCAAAAUCAUACUUACCGUGAAGUUUUGUUUCUACUUUGUUACGUGAAUAGUGCAUGCAAUCCGUUGAUUUAUUCAUUUUUUAAUGUUAAUUUUCGCAAUGACGUUCGCCGAUUGUACGAAUGUCAAAAACGUGAAUAUCUGGCUAGACGAUAUUGA